UAACCCAAUGAACAAUCCUGUCUGUCUUUCCCAAAAUAAGCCAGUGGGAGAGGGAUCGGCGAGUAAGCCAGGGAGAUUGGAGCAGCGAGGUGCACAGCCCCUGGUUAUAAGUCUUGGGAGUGGGAGUGCAGCCUACUUGGACCCACAUAUACACUGCCUUGCUGCCUGCCUGACUGCCUGACUGACUUGACUGACUGACUGAGUCUCACUCCACUGUUACUCACUCUCUCUCCCUCUCUGUCCUGCUCCCUCGCUCCUUCCCUCCUACUUUCCACCCUGGAGAGCGAGAGCGCACAGAUUGGGGAAGGUGCUCCUCAGACCUGCGUCUGGACAGCUUGAAGACAGCACAGAGAGGAUUUUUCCCCCCUCUUCUCACAUCUUCUUCCUCACUUUCACCAUCUCUGCCAAAAAGCACAUGGAUGAACUUUUUUGCUUUUUGUCGGAGGCUGAAAAAUAAAAGUUAGACAGACAGUUUGCUCCACCUGCAGUUGAAAAUAUCAUAUUUUUAACUUUUGUUUUUCGUUGUUUUUUUUCUCUUCCCUGCACUUGUGAGCAGCACUGGACCAAUUCAGGGUGCCAGCUCUUUGCCCGGGAGGACACCACUCCUCUUUUUUGGCUGCAUGUUCACUGAAUAUCUGAUGCCAUUGCAUCCCAUGGGAGACACGCGUGGCUGAAGCAAGGAGGGAGGUAGAAGAGAGAUCCACCUGAAGCUCACACCUACCGCUUCCCUUACCCCAGUGCAUCCCCCUGCCCUUUUAACGCUCAGAGGAGAGAAAGCGACGCUGCAUUCCAUUGUAACGACAUCCCUCCAUCGCAAAACAGAAAGAGGAGCGAUAGAGAGAGACUGCAAGUCCUCAGUUCUUUGUGCGUGACACCUGAAGCCUGGGAUGCUGGUGACCAUGCUGUUGGCUCCUGUCUGUGUGCUACUGAUGCUGGGGGGGCGUGCUCUCGCUGGAGGCUAUCCCCCCAUACCCCACAUGAAGUACAUGCAACCCAUGAUGAAAGGGCCUAUCGGACCGCCAUUCCGAGAGGGCAAAGGACAUUAUGUUGAUAUGCCACCCAUGAUGGAAGUGAAGGGGGAACCAGGCCCCCAAGGAAAACCUGGACCAAGAGGCCCACCUGGGCCACCAGGACUUCCAGGAAAACCUGGACUGGGGAAGCCAGGUCUCAAUGGCCAGCCAGGCCCUCAGGGGCCUUCUGGCUUUCCAGGAAUUGGCAAACCUGGUCUACCAGGUCUCCCAGGAAAAAUUGGGCCAAAGGGGAUGCCAGGGCUUAAUGGUGAGGUUGGCCCUCGUGGUGAACCAGGUCCUAGAGGUCCUCCAGGGCAGCCUGGCCUCCCUGGCCCAGCUGGCCUGUCUCUAAAUGGGAAACCUGGGCUUCCAGGCAUCAGAGGCCCCCCUGGGUCUCGAGGAGAACCAGGACUAAAGGGUAAUGCUGGCCCACCAGGUGAGCGUGGGCUUAAGGGUGAGAAUGGAAAUGGGAAGACAGGGCCUCCAGGUAUAAGGGGUCCCCCUGGGCUGAAAGGCAGUCCAGGACCGCCUGGUCUUCCAGGUAUAGGCAAACCAGGAGCAAAAGGUUUGCCUGGACUGCCUGGUCUUAAAGGUGAUCAGGGACUCCCUGGGGAUCGUGGAGAGCCAGGAGAGGCUGGGGCUCCAGGUCUACAAGGUCUCCCAGGGCCAGUUGGGUUAGGGAAGCCUGGGCUAGAUGGACUGCCAGGAGCACCAGGUCCUCUUGGACCAAAAGGUGAGCCAGGACCCAAAGGUCAUCCUGGAUUUCCUGGCACUCCUGGCUAUGGAAAACCUGGUCUGAGUGGGCCAAAAGGAGAAAAGGGCCAUAGUGGGUUACCUGGUCUUCCAGGUGACAAAGGUGAACAAGGAAUGGUAGGCCCAAUUGGGGAGCCAGGUCUUGAUGGACAACCAGGACCCCAAGGACUUCAAGGCCCAAUGGGACUCCCAGGAAAACAUGGAAUGCCAGGGCAGAAGGGAGAGCUGGGGCCCCAGGGACCUCCAGGACUGCCUGGCCUCAGAGGUGACCAAGGCCUCAGUGGACAACCUGGAAAACCUGGCAUCCCUGGAGAAAAAGGCAUCCCUGGGCUUAAUGGUCAGAUUGGAAAACCUGGACCCAAAGGUGAACCAGGGCAUAUUGGCUUACCUGGGAAUCCAGGACUGACAGGUGCUCCAGGGGUUAAGGGUGAGACAGGGUUUAUUGGGACUCCAGGCCCCAGGGGCCAGUCAGGCAUUCCUGGUCUUCAGGGGCCCAUGGGUCCUAUGGGGCCACAGGGCGCUCCUGGCCCAAAGGGUGAACCUGGACUUCCAGGGCCUCCAGGACUGGGUAAGUUGGGAGAGAAGGGAACUAUAGGUCCCCAAGGUCCUCCAGGGAAACCAGGUCCUGCUGGGCUUAAUGGUAACCCUGGCCCUCCUGGGCCUCCAGGGCCCCCUGGUCCUCCAGGAAAUGGCCAAACAGUUGUUGCAGGGCCAACAGAUUCACAGUUGGAAGGGGAUGAAGUGCCAGGAGACAGAAAGGGGUCUGUGUUCAGUCAAGUUCCACUCUCUGCCUCUGUAGCACCAGCCUUCACAGCCAUCCUCACCACACCCUUCCCUCCCUCUGGUAUGCCAAUCAAAUUUGACAGGACCCUAUACAAUGGGCAAAAUGCCUACAGCUCUGCUACUGGCAUGUUCACUGCUCCUUUAUCUGGUGUCUACUACUUUGCGUACCACAUGCAUGUAAAGGGAACCAGUCUGUGGGUGGCACUGUACAAGAACAAUGUACCAGCCACCUACACCUAUGAUGAAUACAAGAAAGGCUACAUGGACCAGGCGUCUGGCAGUGCUGUCCUGGAGCUGAAGGAGGGUGACCAGGUAUGGGUCCAGAUGCCCUCGGAUCAGGCAAAUGGCCUCUAUUCUACCGAGUACAUCCAUUCCUCCUUCUCAGGAUUCCUGCUCUGUCCCACAUAACCCUGUCCUCUCCUUCAAACAUGUUCCUGUAUUGGCACCUCAGAGCAGCCCUAAACCUAAAAUACCUGCAGCCAUAAUAGAAACACAAAACCCAUAAAAUUCUCAAUAUCAUUGCUAUCAUCUUUAAAUGUCUCACCCACAACAACAUGAGUGAAAGAGAAAACAAACUUUGUGAAUGAAAUACGGAAAGUUUUCAAAAAAAGCAGGGGAUGGAAUUUCAUACUGUGUUCUUUGUUUCAAUGUCCUUCAAAUGUGUGUUUUGGGUUGUAUUUUAUGUCGGUGUUUUUUAGCUUAUAUUAUUUUAAUUAUUAUAUUGUCAUAAUUUUAUUGUUAUUUGGUCCUUGUCAUCAUUGUUGUUGUUGUUUAUUGGAUUCAGACUAUUAAGUGCCUUACUUUGUAAUGUGCUAGUAACAGACCUUCCCAUGUGACUGCACAUCCUGCCCACAUGCUCUGACAUCAUAAGGACGACAUCACCAGACCCCGGGAGGUGAUUGGUUCCUCUGGCUGCAGUCACGUCCCCCUUGUGUUCUUAUUUAAACCGUGAAUACUGACAUAAAGAGCAACAAUACAACAUAGAAAAUAUAGACAAAUAAUAGCAAAAAACACAUUUGGUGCUGUAAAACAAUUACCUGUCAUUUUUUGUUUGACCUUUUUGGUACUCUAAACAAUUGCCUCUUUGAAAUCUCAAUGACAUUAAGUUUUUGUUUUUAUUUUGAGAUAUAUAUUUUGACAUUUGGCAUAAGCAUCUCUUGGGUGCCUAUUUCUUUGCAUCUUUCUGAAUUUAGUAGCUGGCCAUUUAAAAUGAUGGGUCUUUGUCUUUCCUAUAAUUUAACAUUUAACUGUCCAGAAAUACAAUCCAAGAAAAUGACCUCACAGUAUUAGAAUUAUUAAUCUAAAUUGCCCUUUUAAAGAGGAUCAACAAUAUCAUGCAAGGACGAUGCCUUUUUAAACUAUCAAGAGAAUAUUAAUUGAGGAUGAUGUAUAUGUAUACAGUCAGUGUUUACAUGCCAUAGAAUAGAUACUGAGAGCAACUGCAAAUGGAUGGUAAGGACACAACUAAGGCUGAUCGAUUGCCCGUUACCUUGUAUUGAUCUCAUUUUCCCCAUUUGCACUGCAAAUCCCAUCACUGUGUCACAGGCAUCCUCUUCGAAUGCUCUGACCAUGACAUCACUACUUUCUGUCAGUAUACUACCUAUUAAUAAAUCAGUAUCAUAUUAACAUUCCAAGUCAAUAAUCUGUACUGCCAUACUAUGAAAGCCCCAUGCUGACCACAUAAUGCAAAGAUGUGAAGAUGCUGUACUCAUUUCUGCUUACAAAUAAGAAGACAAAUGGAUAACAAAUCAAAUAGAUCCACAUCUUCCUUCAAUGCAAGUCUCUCUGUGACUUGUUGCUGGGCAAAUGAGAGCAAUUCUGAAUCAUGUGUUGUUCUGAAUGAAAAGACUUUCCAAACCAUUGUGUCAAAAAUAGCUGAAUUAUUAUUUAGCGUAAUGGAACAUCUGCGGCUACAAGGACAGGAUGUUUCAGAACUGAAUAAUGUCAAAGCAUACAGCUGGAAAUGAGAAUCGAUCUGCAUUCACUCUAUGAAUAAGUAAAGGGACUUGACUGAGACCCACAGGUUGUGAAACACAGGUUGUGUAACUUUUAACAAAUCCCUGCCAGAUUUCUGGGAGAGGUGGUGGGCCAGAGGUGAGAGCUGUGUAUUUACUCAUUUCUGUUGGAUAAGGCAUUAAAGAUACAUGCUGUGUGUGUGUGUGUGUGGCAUGUGCGCAUGUAUGUGUUUGUAUGUCCUAGUAGGUGUACCUUCCUGUCUGUCACUGUGUCAAUAUGUGUGUGUGGGUGCGCAUGUCUGUGUAGUUGUGUCACAUUAUCCCCCUGGCAUUCAGGUCGUGAACACUUCAGCGAAGAUAAUAAUAAACUUGAAUGAAGUGACAAAAUGUUAGGAAGCGCUUAUAGUCCUGUCAAUGUUCCACAAGAAAUCUGACUUUAAAAUGUUGUAGCAUCUCUUGCGUUUUCAAGAAAGUUCCACACACUCUAAUGGUGCCUUUGCAAAGUAAGGGAACAGGUGAUGAAUGUAAUGGAUAGAUUAUGGGAGAGAGAAAAACCUGAAAUCGACAUAAUGAAAUGAGAAGAUAACAUUUCUGGUUAACACUGAGUGGUAAAUGUUUUUUUUUUUUUUUUUUUGCGUAUUGCUCCAAUGAGUGGCAUAAUGGUGUGCAAUAAUUCUGUGUUGUACCAAGUCAUGAACAAAAAAAGACAUUCUGGGAAGUGUCAUUACUCAAUGGUUGCAGUUAAAGAAGAUAGACGAUAAAAAAGUUUGGGCAAAAUUGAUGUGAUUUAACAAUGAAAAGUCAAUGCCUAUAUUACCAUCUCUGUGUCUUUACAUGCCUCAGCUCAGACAGGAGUCCAAUCUAACUUGUGCCACCCAAACACUUAUCAUUACACUGAAUUACGACUACCUUACACCCUGAUGGAGGAAUGUCAGUGUACAGGAGGAUUGUGCCAAAUAUUGAGCUUUGCAGUCAGAAUGAAUGUAUACUGUUUGACUGAUUUUCAACACUCUCUACAAUCCAUGCUGUGUCACUAUACAUAAACAGUAACUUUUUAAGUUGCUCUGGACAAGAAGUGCUAUAGGACAAGGCCUAAUCAGUAUUUUACACCUAUGUAAUGCAAACAGUGCACUUGCUCUUGCCCUUUUCUGUUCAAUAACACAAAUACACCUACAACUGCUAUGUAUCAUUAUUAUUACGUGAGUCUACAAGACAGUCCAAGGCUCGUUAUGUACUGUAUGUUGCCUUUUUUUUGCCUUCUUUUUUGUUGAACAUAUGAAAUGGUGAUGUGAGUUACAUGUGGCUAAUACUCGCUGUCCUUAUGUUUUCAUAGACAAUGUCACUUGCUUGCGGAGUUUGCCUACUGUGCAAAUCAUUUAACAAGUGUCAGUAAGAUCCAUGUACCGUCUCAAUCACAAAUUGCUUUGAAGUGUUUUCUGUUUUUCUUUAUAAAAAUUGAACAAAAAAAAUAAUAAAAAAGUAAAAAAACAGCAUUGCUUCGGUUUCUUAAGGGAUAUUUGUUUGUUUUAGUUUCAAUAGAUACAAACGGCCAUUCCCAUUUGCACAUGAAAUUAAUGAAGAUGUAUUUAUACAUUUAUGAUAAUUUAAUAGGGAUGCCAAAACCGACCACCGAAGCCUAGAACGUAUAAAUGGUAUUUAACAGCAUUGAUGAGUUAAGAGCAUUUACAACAUGUAGUUAGCAUUCUAGUGUUGUUUGUGAAGGAUUAUUUGUGGACUUUUAUUUUCUAUUUGUGUAAUGUACAAUGUAUCAACGUAUAGGAUUUUUUUGUCAUACAAGGCUAUUGCGUGCACUCUAUGCAAUAGAAUUUGGGUAUAAAAUGCACUCUUUUUGAUUGAAAAUGUUUGUCUGCUUAUACAAAAUCUACAGUACUUGAUUGUAUUGAUACCACAUCAAUAAAAAAAUUCUUGUA